AUGUCUGACUACACCAAGGACAACGCCGCCGUGCCCGUCGUCGACCAGAGCGGCGCAACGACCGACGCGCAGCCGCACGGCGAGAAGAAGGAGGGGAUCGGCGCCAAGAUCGCCGACAAGCUACACAAACUUGGCGAGAAGCACGACGAGACCGUCGACGCCCAGGCCGAGCACCUCGUCAACGACCGUCCCUCGGGCGGCAAGCCGUUCCAGCUGCAGACUUGAGACGGGCGCUCAGCGUGCGUCGCCGCGGCCACAGGCGGGCCCUGUCUGAGCGGCACAGAGGGCCGGCUGGAGGCACGGAUGAGGCAGGGGAAAUGUCGAUGCCUUGCUCUUUUUGCGUAAACGAGUGAGCCAGCAGUGGAGAGGCCGAGCCAAGAGGCGCUGCUGUGUGUGGUGGGUGCUGCUGUUCUGUCUGAGGGCAUGAUACGUC